AUGCUGCUGGCUGAUGUCUCGACCAUCUGCGUGUCCUCCGCUGGGCUCAUCGGCACCUACUGCUUCGACACGGUUAGCUGCGCCUGGGAAAAGGCUGGCCGCUGGACGCUGCCGUUCCAUGGACGGGCUGAGCAUGUCCCUGAGCUUCGCGACCUCUGGUUCGGCAUGACCGGAAACAACCCAAACAACUUCAACAACUUGUGCGCACUGGACCUCUCCAACUUUGGCAGGGCUCCCAAGUUGCUACAUGACUGGCAGGUCCUCGACACGCCUCAUGGAUGGGUGCAGACAAGGGGUAGCCUGCUGUACCUUGGAGCCGGCAGGUUUUGCAUCUUCGGAAAAUUUGACACCGGGGAGCAAGAUGCCCAGGGCAAUCCGAGCAACACGGCGGCUGUGCUCACCGGCGUGGAGGUGGUACUCGAAGGAUCAGCUGAACUCCAAAUGAUCAAGCACAAGUCCUUUGUCAGCUAUGCCGGCAUCCAGUGUGUUCUUUAA